AUGUACGGAAGACCAAAUACUAAUGCGUAUCCGGGGGGACAGCUAGCUUCUAAGAUGGCAGCUGCACAGCAGGCACAAGGAGGAGCUCCUCCAGCUCUUCAAGCUGGUCAGCCACCAUAUCCAACUGGCGGUCAACCACAGUAUGGUCAAGGUCAGCAAGGUCAGAUUUCUUCACCUGUGCAUCCAUCCCCAUCCCCCAAUCCGCAAUAUCCAUCGUAUGGUCAACCGUCCCCAUCUCCUUAUGGUCAGCCUCCGCCAUCUCCGUAUGGCGGACAGCCUUCACCCUACGGACAACCUCCAGCGUCUCCUUACGGGCAACCUCCAUCGUCUCCUUAUGGGCAACCUCCAACGUCGCCCCAUCCUCAGUCAUAUGGGCAUCCUCCACCUCCGCCUCCACCACAGCAACAGCAACAGUACAAUCAGUAUAACCCACCAUAUGGGCAGCCCCCACCUCCCCAACAGUACCAACAAUAUGGUCAAUAUGGUCAAUCACAACCUCCUCCGCAGCAAUAUCAAUCGAAUCAGCCCUAUCAACAGCAACGUCAGCAGCCAUAUCAACCAUAUCCAUCGAACCCACGAGAUCAGCCUCCCACACCAACGCAAUCAUUUCCUCCUCCUUCGCAAUAUGGACAAAGUGCUGGAAACCCACUAACACAAUCUCAAAUAGGUCAGCAAUAUCAAGCCUACCCUGGUGGCCCACCACCACCACAAGGAGGAGCUCCACCUCGCGCCGGACCUUUGGGUUACGUUCCAGGUGGAAGCUCUAUUCCACCACAAGCGGUUAAGCAAUCUCUUGAGGACACUAUCCGAGAGAAGAACUUGGGUAAUUUCUUCAGAAACCCUCAAAUUCUCGAUCAGAUCUGCGCCGUUGCUCCUCAAAAAAUUGAUCAACUCUGCCAAACCUGGAACGUACCCAAGGAAUUGGGUGCUGAUAUUGUAAAGCUUGCUUUAUUCGACAUUAUUCUCUUCGUUGAUGACAGUGGUUCUAUGAUUUUCCAGGAGAAUGGUUCCCGUAUUGAUGACAUGAAGCUCGUAUUAGGAAGAGCUGCAUACGCCGGAUCUCUAUUCGAUGCCGAUGGAAUCGAGGUGCGCUUCAUCAACAGUGAUGUACAAGGAAACCACAUUCGAUCUGAGCCAGAAGUUGAGGAACUUGUCAAACGUGUCCAAUUCAAGGGUUUGACUCCAUUGGGUGCACAACUUAGAAACAAGGUUGUAGAGCCAUUGAUCAUGAGCAAGGUCAGAUCCAACUCACUUCAAAAGCCAGUUUUGGUUAUCGUUAUCACCGAUGGUCAACCAGAUAACCAAGAUGAUGUUUUCCAACUUGUGAAGAACUCCUCAGCCGAGCUCGCACGUACUCCAUAUGGAAAACAAGCCAUUUCUUAUCAAUUCGCACAAGUCGGCAAUGACAAGCAGGCUACUGAAUUCUUGAAGAAACUCGAUGACGACAGAACCAUCGGAGAUUUGAUCGAUUGUACAUCCAACUUCGAAGCCGAACAAGAUGAAAUGGCCCGAACCAACCCAGGAACAGACUUGACUCCCGAUUUGUGGUUAUUGAAGCUUUUGGUCGGUGCCAUUGAUUCCUCCUACGACACCAAGGAUGAACAAGGAAGCCGUCCUCCACCACCCGGCGGUCAAUAUGGACAACCACAACAGGGUUACGCCCCUCCUCCAGGCCCUCCUCAAGGCUAUGGACAACAACCUGGUGGAUAUCCUCCACAACAAGGCCAAUAUCCUCCUCAACAACAGGGCCAAUACCCUCCUCAACAACAAGGUCAAUAUGGCGCUCCUCCUCCAGGUGGUGCUUAUCCUGGUCAACAACAAUACAGACCAGGUGGAGGUCCACCAGUUCCUCCUCGUUACUAAUUGCGCAUUCAUAAUUCUGAGAAUCUAUCUCUCUGGGGGAAAGGCAAUCUGAGUGGGAUACAAUUUCACAAUAUUCAUUAGGUGAUAAAUGACAGGAAUGAAAUUACGACCUUCAGAAAUUGACGAAAUGUCCAAAUUUUCAUAUGAUACGUUGGCUUUUUCGAAUUAGCAAGUUUACUAUUUAUCUGUC